GAAGCUCUGACCAUUACCCAACAGAUCUGAUGCUGCUACUACUCCUGCUCUUGGAUUAGGACCGGGAGGGAAUAUGCGUAAGUUCAUCGGUUCGUUCGAUCUGCGGAAGGAGAAAGUCACCGAAUAGAAGACCGGACCACGUACAAGUGGAGGGAGAGUUAAGGACAGGAAAGGAAAGCGGAGGGGAAAACGGGAGGUGGCAAGAGAUUGAGGGGGAGGGAGGCAGGGUGCCAAUUGAUUUGGUCUUUGAUUGGCCAGUCGGGGAGGGAGAGUGAUUGAUAGAGGGAGGGAGGCGAGGGGAUGAUCAAUCGAUGAAUACCAGGGAGGAGACCGAGAUCGAGAUCGAGAAAGGAGGGGCAUGCGCAUUGCACAUGCGAGGAGUGGUUUCAGGCGAUCGUGCAACAAUCUGGUGAGAAGGACGACCUGGCACAGCGGCAGCUCCCGGGGAGCGGGCUGGGCAAUUGGCUGGGGGGAUACACAGGGCGCACUUGGUUGACAGACAGAUAGACAGACAGACAGGGUCGCGAUUGGUGUGGCUGCUCCGACUGACCGACUCCAAUCGGGGCUGACUGGCUGGGCUGGGGCUGGGGCUGGUCCGGGCUUGACGUUGAGCUCGGCUCGGGAGGAGCUGCGCGUGCGCUGCUUGUGAGCGAGAGUGAGUGUGAAUUGCCUUGUUGCAAAGCAUGGACAAUAGAGAGGCGAGGUGUGCGAGAGACCGGUUUCUCGGAUCGCGAGCUGAUCGUCAAUUGGAGAACGAUUGGAAUUGAUUUGCACCUCGAGAGGCCUGGAGGCCGAGGUGUUGGUCAUCACGUGAAGAGCGGACGAUAGAGAGAAGGGAGACUGAGUGAGAGUGUGCGUAUGCGUAUGAGGGACUGCGAGACCCAGUGAGCGAGCGAGGGAUUAAGCCAUAGAGUGAGGUUGAGAGGGAGAGUGGUCUAAAAGGUUUAGAGAAGGCGAAAGGAAGGUAGUUUGGGAAGAGAAGGGGUGCACGAAGUUGGUGCAGGACAACGUUGGAAGCAGGGGGACGGCAACAGAAAAGUGUGGUGGUGCAAGGGAAGCGUGUAAGAAGAAGCUUUAAAGAAGGAAAAGGCGCUGGAUUCGAAGAAUUUUACUUCGACUUCUUGUAGUGAUGAAGGAGCGGGAGCUAGAGAGGUAGAUUAGAGGUUUAGUGCAGGUUUAGAUCAGAACGCCGUUUAGAAUUGGUAAUGGUGGGGCUUUUGCUCGUGACACAAGAAGCAGAGACUGCGUAAAACAGGAGGGACGAGUGUGCGGAAGGAGGCAAGAACCCGAGGAAUUGUACAGGAUUUAGCAUGGGUGGAUGCUUAUCGGCACCACAUCCUGGCCGAGCCCGAAAGGCAAAGGCGCAACAGGUUGCGGGACAGGACAGUGCCGAGAAUUCAGCUAACGCUAGCGCUCCUCCUCAACAACCGAAGAAGGUUACGCCGAGGAAGUCUCCGACAAAAAAUAACACACCAAAAAAGAAGACUACCGAGAGGAAACGAUCGAGAAUCACCGUCAAUCAUAUUAAGGAUAAUACUAGUCAGGCCUCCAUCCCCCUAGGCAAGCGCACCAAUUUUGGAUACGAACGCGAAUUCAAGACCAAGUACAAGCUAGGAAAGCUUCUGGGCCAUGGACAGUUUGGAUACACUUAUGCCGCUGUGGAAAUUAGUACAGGGCUCAAGGUGGCAGUAAAAACCAUCGAGAAGAAGCAGAUGCUUUUGCCAAUAUCGGUGGACGACGUGAAGCGGGAAGUGGAGAUCUUGGGAACGCUAUCAGGGCACGAGAAUGUUGUUCAGUUUCAUGCAGCAUUUGAAGAUGAUGACCUCGUCUACAUUGUCAUGGAGCUUUGUGAAGGCGGGGAGCUUUUGGACAGGAUUCUUUCAAAGAAGGACAGCCGUUACAGUGAGAAGGAUGCUGCAAAAAUUGUAAGGCAGAUGUUGAAAGUCGCAGCCCGAUGCCAUCUCAAUGGUGUGGUUCAUCGUGACAUGAAACCAGAGAACUUUUUGUUCAAGUCUCAGAAAGAGGACUCACCGCUCAAAGCUACAGAUUUUGGUCUUUCGGAUUACAUCAAGAUAGGGAAGAGAUUCCAAGAUGUCGUGGGAAGCGCAUACUAUGUGGCUCCCGAGGUCUUGAGAAGAAAAUCAGGACCUGAGUCAGAUGUAUGGAGCAUAGGGGUCAUCACCUACAUUUUACUAUGUGGAAGACGUCCCUUUUGGGCUAAAGAAGAACAGGGUAUAUUCAAUGAGGUGUUGAAGAAGAAGCCCGAUUUUAAGGAAAAGCCAUGGCCGUCAAUAAGCGCCAGCGCUAAGGACUUUGUGAAGAAGUUGUUAGUGAAGGACCCGAGGGCGAGACUUACUGCAUCACAAGCGUUGUCACAUCCCUGGGCCAGGGAAGGAGGAGAUGCUUCUGAUAUUCCAUUGGAUAUCUCAGUUCUUUCAAAUAUGCGUGAAUUUGUGAAAUAUAGUCGACUCAAGCAAAUGGCUCUUAAGGCUCUGGCUAGCACUCUGGACGGAGAAGAAAUUGCAGAUUUGCGGGAUCAAUUCGAUGCUAUUGACAUGGACAAAAACGGAACAAUAACUCUCGAGGAAAUCAAACAAGCCCUCGCUAAAGACACGCCUUGGAGCGUGAAAGAAACUCGAGUUGUAGAAAUCCUGAAAGCAAUGGAUAGCAACAGAGAUGGAAUGGUCGAUUUUGAUGAGUUCGUGGCAGCUACGCUACAUGUGCACCAGUUGGAGGAAUCUGAUACUGAUAAGUGGCAACGGCGCUCACGAGCUGCUUUUGAAAAGUUUGAUUUCGAUAAAGAUGGUUUCAUCACAGCUGAAGAACUCAAAGUUGUGUUGCAGGCCACCGGGACGAAAGGAAAUAUGGAAACUUUGUUGGAAGAAGCGGACACCGAUGGAGAUGGAAGGAUAAGCUUACCAGAGUUUCAAAGGCUUUUGAGGCAAGCAAGCCUAGGGUCUAGAACGAACGGUAGUGGAAGCUUACAACACUUCCACCGUGGCAAAUAGGCAACGAGGUCGUGUUGUAGUUCCCACUUUUUUUUUCUUAUACUUCCAACACGUACUUCAGUCAUUUGAACGUAUACCCCGAAGGAAGUCCCGGCUCAUUCAGUAAGCUAAGAGGAGUGAUGGUUAGUGUACAAGGUUGUAGAUAGCUCAAAUAGACCGGCUGGUUGGGAAUCAUUCAUACAUCUGAUCGGGAAGAUCAGGAAAAGAAUUGUAUGUUUAGUAGAAGUGAUAGGUAUCUGUUCCCGCUGAAAUUUGUUGUCCAAGAUGCUCCAUCAUUGUUUUAGAAGUGAGGCGCGUAGAGGAUGCAGGGCAUCCUUUCCUCUCCAGCUGGAGAGGUGCACAAUGUAACUUAGUACUCACUUUCGUAAUUUAUACUGUGUGAACAACUGCUAAAUUGGCAAACAUUUCAAUACUCAUCAAAAUGCCGAAGCUGUGAGGGAUGUAUGAGGUGGGAUAUAUUUGGCAAUAUUAUAUUUUGGACUUGAUAUUCAGGACUUACUCUGACUUGACUGGAAAAGUACACGCCAAUUCCUAGAAGAUUACUACAGGAACUGCGGCAUCAAGUGUCGAGAAGAUCUUCGCUUUAAACGAGUCGAGUUCGCACAUAUGCCCCAGUGGUACUGUUGCAGAAACCAUCACUGCAAAUGACAGGAGUUCUCAUACAUUUCAUUCUUUCCCGAAGCAGACUAAUGUCAUCCAUCAAGUGUAUCCAUCAGCCAGAUUCCAUCCGCUGCACAGCUAGUAAGGGAAUGUACUCAGGUUAAGUAGAAAGUGCCACUUGAUAGUGACACUUGCUACUGCAACCUACUGCUACAAACUUCAAUGACUUAUCAAGAGGUAUCUCUCCAGUUCUCAUUAUUAUCCGGCUCAGUCUCCAUCAGUACAGCCAAACAUGGGGAGUAUGUCGCAGUGAGGCCUUGUAC